AUGUGCGGUGACAACAGCCCUUCGCCUGCGGCCGAUGCUGCCUCGGCUCCUGUUCAAGCCAACAACCCUAUCCAGAUUGUCCCUGAUGAGGCUAUAACCGACGACGUGUCGGCGAUUGGAGAGAGCAUCGCAUCUUCCAGCGCUAGCGUAUCUAGCUCGGUCCUUGAGUACCGUUACGAGAACGGUCGGACUUACCACAAGUACAAGGAUGGCAAAUACAUGUUACCCAACGACGAACUUGAAAAUGACCGACUUGACUUGCAACACAACCUGUUCCUGUUGACUUUUGACAACGCGCUUGGGCUUGCUCCCCCUUGCCAAAAGGAUUCCUCGGUGAAGCGCGUCCUCGACGUUGGUACAGGCACAGGAAUUUGGGCUAUUGAUUUCGGGGAAGAUCACCCGGAUGCUGAGGUCCUCGGCAUGGAUCUUUCACACUCGAUGCCCGAAUACGUUCCUCCCAAUGUCAAAUUCGAGAUUGACGAUUUGGAAGAGGAGUGGGUUUAUUCGCGACCGUUCGAUUACAUCCACAGUCGAAUGAUGAAUUCCUCGAUUAGCGAUUGGAAGGUAUAUCUUCAGAAAGCAUACAACCAUCUCACCCCUGGUGGCUAUUUCGAGCUACAAGAGGGUGAUCUUAUCCCGCAUUCCGACGAUGGCACUCUCAAGCCGCACCAUGCACUGUCAAGAUGUACUGACCUGAUGAUCGAGGCUGGCAUCAUUUUCGGACGCCCUUGGAAAGAGAUUUCUGCGCUUACCAAAACCAUGGAAGAGGUUGGGUUCGUUGACGUGGAGAUGCAUGUUUUCAAGUGGCCCUCAAAUGGGUGGCCUAAGGAUCCUAAGUACAAGGAGUUAGGACUCUGGAACAACGAGAACCUCUGUUCUGGCUUCGAAGCACUGUGUAUGGCACCUUUUACUCGAGCCCACGGGUGGACGAGAGAGGAAGUCCUUGUGUUCAUGGCAGAGGUGCGGAAGGACUUCAGAGACAGAUCUAUUCACGCCUACUGGCCUAUCUACUCUUUGUAUGGAAGAAAGCCAACGGAGGAGAAUACCGAGAAGUAG